AUGGAGAACCCACCGAGCACCCAGCCUGGCGGGACCGAGAAGCCAGCUGCCGCACGCCUCAGCACGCCAGCCCAGCCCGCCCAGCAGCAGUUCCAGCCGCUCGAGAGUCUUCCUACCAGGGCGCCGACAUUCCAGACCAGCAAGCCCUUCUCCAUCGCCAAGCUUGUGCUGGGCUCCUUCAACCUCGUCUUUGCCAUAAUCGCCCUGGGCCUGUCUCUCGGCCUGAUCAUGUCGACAGUCACGUUCAGCUCAUUCAUCGGCAUCGCGAUUUGCCUGUCCCUUGCCGUCGUGUCGCUCAUAUGGCAACUCGCCGAGCACAUCACCCUGGCCGUCCGCAAGGGCUGGCGCCCGAUUCACCCGGGGGCGCACGUGGGCGUGCACCUGCUCCUGUCGGUGCUCGCGCUGCUCGUGGCCAUGUCCCUGUGCUUUGCCGUGGCCGACGAGCUGGCCUGGUACAACAUCGACCCGGACUGCACGUACGACGCGGACUGGCCCAUCAACGACUACACGAUGGACGGCCGGCCCACCUGCGACAUGUACACCUUCCCCACGCAGGCCGACGCCGACAAGUACUUCCGCAUGAUCGAGGCCCUGGCCGCCUUCUCCGUGCUCAUGCUUAUCUCCCACGUCACCCUCUUCAUCAUGGCGUGCGUCGAGACGGACCGCAGGAGGAAGUAUGGCAAGAUGACCAAGGUGGUCUACCUCGUCGCGUCCCAGGGCCCCGCCGACGGCAGGACCUACUAUGCGCCCGUCGGCACGCAGCUCUUCGACCACAGGACCUCUGUCCUGCCGCCCCAGGCUGCGUUCCAGCAGCAGCAGCGCCAGCACCAGCACAGCAAUGCCGAUCCUGGUAUUCAUGGGUACUAUGCGCCCCCUGCGGGCGUGGCUCCCGGGACGGCGGCGUAG